CGCAUCGAAUCAGCACAACAUAACGCAAUAAUGAAACGUGGGAAAAUCGUUGUUUCGUUGUGUCUUCUAUGCUUCAGCCUGAUCAAAAUCGCCGCAACUCAAAAUAUGACGAUAUCUACCUGCACCGAGGUAGGAUUCUUCGAGAUCGACGACGGAACAUGUAAAAAUUAUUACAUGUGCAUAGACAACGGCGUGACUUUGACGAAGGUGAUACUGUCGUGUGCCAGCUCUGCUAUAUUCGAUCCCAUCCUGGGCAGAUGCGUGCCCGCAAAUACGACUACGUGCCAGCAAACGCCACGCUGCUUACGAUACGGCAGAUUUCCGAUGGAGGAUCCGUAUUGUAAGAUGUAUUUUCUAUGUUAUUGGAACGGCACCGGUUAUAUCAUGAUGAGUAACCUUACCUGCCCGAACACCCUGGUGUUUGAACCCACGUCGGAGAAGUGCGUAUCACCACAGAGAUACAUAUGUCCAACACAAGUAUAUCAAUCAAAUUCCACAAAAGAGUCAAGUAUCUAUAUCGCAUAGAUAUAAUUAUAAUCUAUAUAGGAAAUAUUAUAUUGUAUGAAAAUUGAUACCGAUGUAUAUUAUUAUGUAACAAUAUUAGUAAUUGAUUAAUUAAAUAAUUUAUUAAAAUGUAGAAAUUGAGUGUAAUUGAUUAAUUAAAUAAUUUAAAAUGUAGAAAUAAAUAAUUCUUGUGAAAUAAUUCUUCUGUUAAUUGUAAUAUAUAUUUAGUGAAUAUAUUAUAAUAAAUAUAUGUUUAGUGAA